AGUGGGAGAAUGUUUGUAUGUAAAGCACGUGCGUGCAUUGGAUCGAACCAUCGGUGCCCGUGGCAACGAUGAUGUGUCUGCCCUUAAAGCUCGUUUAGUUGGCACUCGCUUCUCUAUUUUCCAAUUCAUCGGUGAACUAUGCCGCGGCUGGUCAGCAGCACAGGCCUCAUUGCCGCAAGGACUCGACCCAUACGCCGACCCAAACCCAAGAAGCUCGAACUUCUCGGAUCAUCAAUACCAGCACCAUUCAUUUUACGCCCAUUCGCUGGUCUUUUCAAUCCAUAUUCUUACAGCUGUUCAGUUUUCUGUAAUCAUCCAGCUAAUGGAGAUGCCAAGAAAGUCGUGCGUCGCGCAAAGGAUAUGUGGGCGAGCGAGGGUAAGGCCUUACAACUUCCGGUGGAAGUACACGAGGAGAAACCCGGCGAGUCAGAUGCCUUGGACAGUACGACAGUUCCAGAAGAGCUGUUCCGACGCUACACGGAGAUGGAUUCGCGAUCGGCCAGCCCCCAGCAUCCCAUCCACCAUGAAUCCUUUCGAGACGACAAAGGUCGCCCGAGUCUCAUACUCGAUCUACGGGCGAGCCCUCAUGACGCGCAGAAGAGUGAGACUCUAAGCUGGCAUGCAUUGACACUCGAGCCAAUGUCGUGCUCGCGAAGGGGCGUUUUUAUAGAGCCGGCAAGGAAGAGUCCGCGUAAACUUCCGCUGCCCUGGCGUCGUCAUCACGUUGCAACGACUGCAGCUUCAUCACCCGUUCACACGAUUCCCAUUCUAAAGGUGAGCGAUAGCCUGAGGACAAAUGUCGCACGCAACACCGAUGAUGAAAAGGAGAACGAAGAGGAGAGCUCAAGGGAGGAGGAGGUACCGGUGCGUCGUAAGGGAAAACUCCGACGGAAGAAGCGCAAGUGCAGGCGAGGCUCGAUAUAUGGACAACAGACGGAAGUGCGUGACCCUCCCGAGCCGCUCGAGACGCUGGUCUCACAGAUUGUCCAAGGAUCUAGGCGCGAAUCUACGCGUUCAAAUUUUGAAGAAAUCAAGAGACUGUCUUUAGAGAAGAUUAUAUUACCGGCUAUUAAACAUGAAAUACCAUCAAGCUUUCUUCCUCCGGACAUUAUAAAAGAAUUAAGCAGAGAAUUGGACCAGGGAACGAUCGAGUGGGAAUUCAACGCAAAGCGGAGAUUCGCCUUGGAAGAAGUUUUGAGAGUACUGGGUGACUUCCAUCCAACCUUCGGAGGCUCUUGUCAAAAUACGCUACACAUACAAUUUCAGAAUAUUCCACGUCUGUUUUAUCGACAAAGCGCCAGAUUUGAACUCCUCGGCAGUCAAUCCCUUAUCGGAUUGAAACCUGUUGAUUAUCUGAGCCAAUACGUGUACGUGAACGACGUGCGUAAAAUGAUAUUUGGCCGCGCUUUCAACAAGUACCGCGAAGAGACCAUCGGUGGUCCUCGCUAUCUUAUCAGCAAGCGCAUUUUUGAGGCUCUGUCCGACGUGAUGGGCUGGGCCUUGCUUAACGACGAAGUCACCUUCCUCGAACGCAGCCUCGGUGCUAUACAGGAUAAGCUAGACUUUAGGACUUGGUGCGGCCUGUGCGCUUUCACCGAGAGGAGCCUCCCAGCGCUGCUCCCCCAGGAGGAGGAUCCGCCUUCUUGGCUGGAGAAGGCAGACUUUGAGAUGCUUGACUGUAGAUUGAGCAGAGUCGAAAUAGACGAGAAACUGGCGUCAAUGCUCCUACUUAUUCGUGACCGCUGA